GUUACGUCCUGCAACAACAACCACCGAAGAAGAUCGCCCGCACUAGCGCUAGCAAGCUAGCGGUUGCAAAGUUAAGGUUUAUCCCCAUUUGCGAGUUUUUAAAAUGCUUCUACAGUCCGUGAGGCCGUGGCUGCUUCGAUGCAGGCCGGUACCGCUCUCUUGUAGACGGACAUACUACGCUGACAGAGUCGCUCGGCUCGGCUCUCAGCCCGAUAAACAGUCCCCCGAAUAUCAGGAAAAUUAUGACCGCAUGAAAGUUUUGGUUGAUGAAUUGAGGAGUCGCACAGAAAAGAUCAAACUGGGUGGCGGAGAAAAAGCGAGAAAGCUUCACACAUCUCGAGGGAAGCUUUUGCCAAGAGAGCGCAUCGACAGGCUACUGGAUCCAGGGACUCCCUUUUUGGAAUUUUCCCAGUUUGCAGGAUAUGAAUUGUAUGGAAAAGAGGAGGUCCCUGCCGGGGGCAUGAUUUCUGGGGUCGGACGGGUUUCUGGGGUGGAAUGCGUUGUUGUUGCAAAUGAUGCUACUGUUAAAGGUGGGACAUAUUACCCAAUUACGGUAAAAAAACAUCUGCGUGCACAGGAAAUUGCCCAGCAGAACCACCUACCGUGCAUUUACUUGGUGGAUUCUGGAGGAGCCAAUCUUCCCAGACAGGCCGAUGUCUUUCCAGACCGAGAUCAUUUUGGCCGUAUUUUCUAUAACCAGGCCAGGCUGUCUUCAGAAGGAAUUGCACAGAUUGCUGUUGUGAUGGGCUCAUGCACUGCAGGAGGGGCAUAUGUACCAGCAAUGGCAGAUGAGAGUAUCAUUGUGCGAAAGCAAGGAACCAUCUUUCUCGGAGGACCUCCUCUGGUGAAAGCUGCCACUGGUGAAGAAGUAUCUGCAGAAGAUCUUGGUGGUGCUGAUCUACACUGCAAAAAAUCUGGUGUGACAGACCACUACGCUUUAGAUGAUAACCAUGCACUGCAUUUAGCACGGAAGACGGUCCGAAGUCUCAACUACAGGAAGAAUAUUGAGGUUACUGUAGAACCCACCGAAGCCCCCCUUUACCCUGCAGAUGAGCUUUAUGGGAUCGUUGGAGACAACUUGAAACGCAACUUUGAUGUCAGGGAGGUUAUUGCCAGAAUUGUGGACGGCAGUAAAUUUGAUGAGUUCAAGGCAUUUUAUGGAGACACGCUUGUUACAGGCUUCUCAAGAAUAUUCGGAUACCCCGUUGGAAUCAUUGGCAACAAUGGAGUGCUGUUUUCAGAGUCUGCAAAAAAGGGAACACAUUUCAUCGAAUUAUGCUGCCAAAGAAACAUUCCUCUGAUUUUCCUUCAAAACAUAACAGGGUUCAUGGUGGGAAGAGAGUAUGAAGCGGGAGGUAUUGCCAAAGAUGGAGCCAAGAUGGUCACUGCUGUUGCCUGUGCCAAUGUACCGAAGAUUACAGUAAUUAUCGGUGGUUCCUACGGUGCAGGCAACUACGGCAUGUGUGGAAGAGCGUACAGCCCACGAUUCCUCUACAUGUGGCCAAAUUCGAGAAUCUCUGUAAUGGGAGGUGAGCAGGCGGCGACAGUCCUGGCCACCAUCACUAAAGAUCAGAGGGCGCGCGAGGGAAAGGAGUUCACAGCUGAACAAGAGGCUGCCAUGAAGGAACCAAUUGUCCGUCGGUUUGAAGAGGAAGGCAGCCCAUAUUACUCCAGUGCCAGACUGUGGGACGAUGGGAUUAUUGAUCCUGCAGACACUCGUCUGGUUCUGGGGCUGAGCCUCAGCGCCGCUCUCAACGCACCUAUGAAGAAGACCCACUUUGGAGUCUUCAGGAUGUAGUUUUCCUGUAGUUCAUCAUGUAAAUAGACAUAUCUUUGUAGUAUAGAUUGCAUUGUGUGGAAAAGAUAUCAUGCAACCUCGUUGAAAUUAGGGAUGUGACUAGGUGUCAUUGUGGGACAUCUCCACAAUAAAGUUGUGCCUUAAGUGUUACUGAUCCACUGUAAAUGCAUCUGUACUGAGAAACCUGUUUUCUUUGUUGGUACGUUUGUAUCACUUACUGUAAAUGAAGAUUAAAGAGGUGAACAUUUCAAGUUUUAA